GGAGCAGGAGCUCAGACGGAGCGCGAUGGUCUGCUGCAGAGACGCUGCAAAAUGCCGGAUGGACGAGUCACCGUGCGGGCAUGGAACACUCUCACUCUCAUAGCAGCACUGUGCAGCCUCCCGCCCCCGUCCCACGCCUACUUCGGGCUGACGGGGAAUGAGCCCCUGUCCAUCCUACCUCUGAGCUUCCAGCCCGAGGACGGACCAGCGAGGGCACACUACAAACUCUGCGACCGGCUCAAGCUGGAGAAGAAGCAGCGCAGGAUGUGCAGACGAGACCCGGGUGUGGCUGAGACACUCAUGGAGGCAAUCAGCCUCAGCGCACUCGAGUGUCAGUACCAGUUCCACUUCGAGAGGUGGAACUGCACCUUAGAGGGGCGCUACCGAGCAAAUAUAUUAAAAAGAAGUUUUAAAGAGACGGCGUUCCUCUACGCAAUCUCCUCAGCUGGGUUGACACACGCCAUGGCUAAAGCAUGCAGUGCAGGACGGAUGGAACGCUGCACCUGUGACGAGGCUCCUGACCUGGAGAACCGAAAGGCUUGGCAGUGGGGGGGCUGCGGGGACAACCUCAAAUACAGCAACAAGUUUGUCAAGGACUUUCUGGGCAAGAGGUCCAACAAGGACCUGCGCGCUCGCGUUGACAUGCACAACAGCCAUGUUGGCAUGAAGGUCAUUAAAGCUGGUGUGGAUACCACCUGUAAGUGCCACGGCGUGUCAGGCUCAUGCACAGUGCAGACGUGUUGGCGUCAGCUUGCGCCGUUCCACAAAAUCGGCAAGGUGCUAAAAUCGCACUAUGAGAAAGCAGUCAAGGUAGCCAGCGCCACCAACCAGGCGAAAGGUGAGGGCGAGCUGCCCUAUACGCCACCUCACACCCGAGCCGUGCCUUUCUCACGCACCUUGAACCUGCUGCACAUCGAGGACUCGCCCAACUUCUGCGAGCCCAGCGUGUACUCGGCAGGGACGGAAGCACGGAAGUGCCACAAGGACAAAAACUGCGACGCCAUCUGCUGUGGGCGUGGCCAUAAUACACAGAGCCGUGUGCUGACGCGGCCGUGCCAAUGCCAGGUGCGCUGGUGCUGCUAUGUCGAGUGCAAGCAGUGCACACAAAAAGAGGAAGUGUAUACUUGCAAGGGGUAAAAAGGACAAAAAAAAAAUAAAAAUACCCCAUCAACAAUACCAAAUGGUCAACGAGGGUUUCUGAGCCUGACUGGAAAAGUGACGGACGGUUGGUCGGACACUUUGGGACCAAAACAAAGAGCAUUCAUUUCUCUCUUCUGUCUCACAUCGAGGGAUUUUAAGAUUUUUGGAGAAACUUGCAGGGACUUUUUCCUUUGAUGCUCCGGAAACCUUCAGAAAAUUAACUAGGAGAGAAAAGGUGGCUCAUAUGUCACGAGGCCGCACCAUUUUUUUUUUUUUUGUGUGUGUGUGUGUGUGUGCUUGCAUGCUAGCAUUACAAAAUAAGAAAAAAUCCUGACAGGGGUGUGAGAUUUGUUUGAGAAGCACAUACCUUCUUCACCCACACUACAGUGUGUAUAUGCACCGUGUACAUAGAUUAAAUUGUAUUAUAAUUAUUUUAUAUAUAUAUAUAUAAAUAUAUAGAUAUAUAUUCACACCACUUAUCAUUAUGUUAAAAAAAAUUCUAAUUAUAACCACUAAGCACACCUGUGUGCUCUUGUUCACUUCGAUUUUCUUCAAUUUCUUCUGACAAGGCCCUUUAAAAUCAAAGCAGAAACAUGACCGAGCUUCACAGGACGAAUUAUAAACGUAUCAAUCCCCAGAUCAUACCGUAGUUUCGUCUUUUUUUUUAAUGUUAACGUGAUAUAAAACUUUUAUAUCUUCAGAAAUUACAUGGACAAGUUCCUCUUACACUAAAUGUAGUCAACCAGCCUGGACUGUGAAACCUGUUAGCUUUAAACGUCUAAUAAUUGUUCUUGUCGCUUUAGAAAACUACAAAACUAUCAAAGCAAAGCUUGCACAGCGAAACCAUCUCAGCUGACUGACUACGUCUGGAGUAACCGGGACACUGCAGACAUUGAUUCUUUUGUCCAAAUAAUCACUUUAAAAUAGUUUUACUUCACAAUUAUUAGCAUUCAGGGAAUCUUCUAUAAAACCACUAUCUACGGUAUGUGAUCCAUCAUAACUGCGGACUCGUUGCUCAGGAAGCAAUCUGACCGUUUUCACCAGAGCCUGAAUAGACAGCACUUCCACUGACAUCAAGGCUAUGACCCAAAUGCUAGCGUGCACGAAACAAACAUGGGCGUUUAUUUUAAUUUAUGCUCCAAUGACAACGGACAAGAGGCUAGCUAAUGACUGACGAUGGCUCAGUUAGCUAGCAAGCAGCUGUAGAAUUGAGACACCAUUUCCUUUCGACGUUUUAGUAAUAAGAUGAAAAAGAUGAUUAAAUUACUCCACGGUUACACAUAGCAGACACCUGGAUGAGAAUUUAAUGACUUUCGAGUGUUCCUGGAUUUGGAACAGGGCUUCAAAAUGGCCUAGUAAGAACACUCGCGUUUGGGACGAAACCUUUAUUGGUAGCAUGAAACAAAAUGUCCUACUGACAUCUUUUAAAAAGAGAAAUGUACAUUUAUACACAUUCAGCAUGUGACGAAAGAAACAUUGAGCUCUGUAAUAUAGCGAGCUAUCGAAUUAGCACUAGCUAGCAGGUUUGUUGUGCUAGGCUACGGUCACACUACCGUACAGCUCGCGAUGAGUUAUCGAUGAAAACGAGGCAUUUUGGUGGUGAUUUCCAAACCCUGCCGUGAGUAGUUUGCCAAAGAAAAAAAACAUCGCCACCAAAUUUCAACCUUGCGACAUUUUUUAGCCAAUCACGAGGCGGAGACACACCCAAAAAAAACCUCGCAAAGUUCGGAGAACAUUCGCCGUGUAUCGCAUGACAUGUGGCAACGCUAGUAAUUUUUUAUUGCCAGGUAUUUGCAAACCCAUUAUGAGCUGUAGUGUGAGCGUAGCCUUAGCUAGCUAAACAUAAUCACGGAAACAACGUGGAACAGUUUCCAAAUACACUUUGAAUGUUAAAUAUUUAGUAUCAGAUCAAACCAAUUACUGACACAUGCCUACUAAAUCCAUUUGUUAGGUAAUCUAUGUUUAAAAUUCUGUUACAGCGACUAAAGAUCUAAAUGUCAGAUCCACACACAUGCCCGCUAACAUAGUGGCUGCAUACAUUAAUAUUUUGACAAGUCAGAAUGAUAUACAGUGUAAAUAUAAAUGGUUUAUAUCAAUCUGCCUUUGACAAACUGAGCACGCUCAAAUAUAUAUAUAUAAACAUUUUUUUUUAAUUUCAGUAUGAUUGAACUACUGAAUGAGAGAUCCCCGAUUAGCAAAACAGCACAGUUAGCGCACUGAAGCGUUCCCAGUAUUUAAGGAUGCGUAUUUAUGAACGUAUAUCUGGCUAAAUAAAAGUUGUACAUAGUUUAUGGUUAUGUUCCUGUGGUGUAAAGCCGAGGGUGAGGCACAUGUGCGGAGAUUCCGCUGCAAAACUUUCAAAAUCGACAAAUCGCGAAUAACCUGGUGAUGUCAGUGUGUUAGCCACACACAUUUCUAUCCAAAACAAAUCAAAAAUAAUAUAGCUUUGCUAGCAUGACUUACCACGGGCACUUUCUUCUUCCUUCUCCUUUAUUGCCUAUCGUUCUUCUGUAUUACCUGAUAUGCUAGUUCACAGGCGUAUAGUUGCAUUAGCAUAGUGUCUGUUUAUUCCUUUAAGAUUCAUAUGCAAACGUCAAGGUGGCUAAUAAGUAAAUGCGCUAACAUAUCCACAAUAGCUUUAAGUUUGCUCAUGAAUCUUGGUUUAAUGAAAUGUUUUAGACUCCAGGAAAAAAAAAAAAAUUAGGCAUGUUUUGACUUUGUGUGUGUGUGUGUGUGUGUGUGCAUGUGUCUCACAUCAUUUCUGAGCUGAAUUCCAGUUAGUUUUGUGAGGAGGACGCAUGCUAAUUAAAUCCAACCUCGCACGCUACAUGCAAACCAUAAUGGCAAAGUGGAGGACGCUGGUGUGCAUUCCUCUCAACCGCAGCUGCACAAAACACGUUAGCGUUCGCUAAAUGUCCUCGGCCUCCUGCACACAUUCACAAACAUUGAAAAAAACAUCUAAUGUUGCUAAUUAGCACCAUCGCUAGGCACUUUCCCUCCAGGAUAAAGCGGUAGCCGCGUUUCAUUUUCUCAGCAACAAGACACGUGAUUAGCGUGAUGCUAACGUUGUGUUUUAUUACGACGAUCGGUUUUUAAUCUGUAAAGAAUCUCUAUUUUGUAGGGAAAUUUUUAAGACAAAUAAAUUAUUUUUGAAAUGUUUUAUGAGCAUAUGUACAUUUUGUACAGAUGAAAUUUUGUAUCGCGUCUUUUGUACCUAUUAUGGGUGGUUUUGGUGUUUUUUUUUCUCUUCUUUUUGGGGAAGCAGUAUGUGUUUUUAAUUCAGUGCAACUGUUAGAUAAAUCAGUGUAACACCAUUAAACGAUGAUAACUGUGCCGUGACCAGUGACUGGACCCCUUAGGUGUGUAUCAUCGCUACAGGGACAUGCCGUACCAAGGACAAAAUAAAUAAAUUUAUGAAUAACAUGUUUGGUUAAUUUUAUUUAUCACACGUGUUAGCGUUUCUACCCAGGUAGCAGAUUCAGAUGUGUAGCAUUCAUCUUAAAGGAACAGUCCACCGUACUUCCAUAAUGAAAUAUGCUCUUAUCUGAAUUGAGACGAGCUGCUCCGUACCUCUCCGAGCUUUGUGCGAC